AUGAGAGCAUAUCGCACCCGCAUGGCCACGCCUCCAGUGCGCACCUCGGCGUAUUUGGACCGCCAUGUGGACCUGGUGUCUCUGGUGUCUCCCAGUAGUCUAUCCACCUCCCCUGACCCUACCGACUAUCUGGAGGCCGUGGAGCCCAAAAGGGACUUUUCACGUGACGGCAAGGCCCUGUCAGUCAAGUCCACCAAGUCGUCCAAGUCCACCAAGUCGUCCAAGUCCACCAAGUCGGUUAAAUCGACCAAGUCGCAGAUAAAGUCGCCCAAAAACAAACGGACCAGCUUCAAACACAUGCUGGGAAAGCGACACAAGAAACCCACGCUUACAGACAUCUUUCUUGACCCAGACGCCAACGACUCUCUCUACACUUGCCAUGCCACAGACAUGCUCCCCAAACCCAAACAUUACAAGGUGCGCCGAUGGAAGAAUCACAAGAGCCACAAGUCCGACGACUACCCCGAUACCAGAGACACAGAGACAGAUACCUACUAUGAUUCCCUGGGCGUGCGGUCCGAGCUGCGGAAAUACGUCGGGUCACGGGGCUCCACCAACACGACCCAGACCCGAUUGAGAUACCCUGUUUGUGUGGGGACCGGGGCUACAGCCGUAGUGUCGGGUGGAGCCACCUCCGACGUCGGCAAAAGUUCCCAUUCCUCCGGCACCUUUGGCGGCACCCACUCCGAUACCAACACCAACACAUGGACAAGCUCGUGGCGACCUGCUGGUAUACGAGAAAGCCGAUCCUUGUCGCCCGAUCGCGCGCGUCAUGACCCCCACUUGCUGGAUGUCAGCUAUGACGAAACUCCACAGCUGGUGCCCGAGAGAGAAACGUUUAUGCAGCGACUACGACACCGGUUCCGGGUGUGA